AUGCCUGUCGACAGGAGGAAGGCCGGCGUCUUCGCCGCUGCUGUCGCCCUGCGACUGCUGCUCUUCGUCGCUUUCCCCUCGCUCCCCGACCUCCUGACCGCGCGAGUCGAAGUCUCGACUCCAAUUAGCAGCUUCAAGAGACUGCAAGAGGGUCUCUUCCUCUACACGCGGAAUGUCUCUCCGUACGACGGUGGUGUCUUCCAUCAGGCACCGCUUCUUUUGCCCAUAUUUGCCUUGCUCCCGAACCCCCAAAGUCACCCGCUAGCCACCAGCAUCCUAUACACCUUGGUCGAUCUCUUGAAUGCAAAUGCCUUGAUCACGAUUUCGGACUCCGCAGAGUCCGUCACGGGGAGGUUCCAUUCCACAUUGCGGAAGCAUAUCCGAUGGGACGGGGUUGCAAUAGCGACAGGGUACCUGUUUAACCCGUUUACGCUGGCGACAUGCCUUGGCCGUUCGACGAGCGUGUUCACCAAUCUCGCGAUCCUGUACGCCGUGUCGAAUGCCGUGACUGGAAAUGGUCUGAAUUCGAUGAUUGCCUUGGGGUUUGCAUCCUACCUGUCUCUGUAUCCGGCGCUUCUGUUCCCGCCUCUUGUCCUCCUCUGCUAUGACCGCCAGGCGAUGGCUGGGAAGAAUACCUGUGGCCCAGCAGUAUACACGUUGAAGCAGUUUGCUAUACUGUUAGGAGCCAUUGCCGGUCUCCUUGGUGCCUCGUACCUCGUCACAGGGUGCUCUUGGGAAUUUAUCUCCGCAACGUACGGAGUCCACUUGCUCGUGCCCGAUCUGACACCGAACGUGGGCCUGUGGUGGUACUUCUUCAUCGAAAUGUUUGACUCGUUCCGGGAAUUCUUCCUGGGCGUAUUCUGGCUGCAUCUAGCGGGCUACGUGGGAGGAUUGACGAUACGCAUACGGCGACAGCCGCUCUUUGUCAUCACCUCGUUGCUCGGGAUUUUUGCCAUCUUCAAACCGUACCCCAGCAUAGCCGACGUCUCACUCUACUUUGCCCUCCUGCCGCUGUACAGGCAUCUCUCGCCUCUGACGCGGUACACAUUCUUCGCGGCGUCCGCUCUCUUGUACGCGACCCUGCUUGGGCCGGCCUUCUACCACCUGUGGAUCUAUGCCGGGUCCGGAAACGCCAAUUUCUUCUACGCCAUCACGCUGGUGUGGAGUUUGGGUCUGACCAUCCUGGUAGCCGACCACAUCUUUGCCGCGCUGCGGGAUGAGUGGGAGCAGGAGAAUCCGGCGAUGAAGGGCAAGGAGGUGAGGCAGAUAUAG